CAGAGGUACAUCACAAGCCAAGCACAUUUCUACCAGCGCAAGGCUGAAAAGGAAGCAGCGGCCUUCAGCGCCAUGGUGCCUGGAAACUUUGCCGAUUUUCCCACGGGUGCCGCCGAUCAGUGUACCCUCGUGGACCAGAUGAUGACGGCAAUGAAAGAUACGACCGCCAUCCUGGACAAUCCGGAUAACAAUGCCCAUAUCAAUUGCAUCCGGGCCAAAUCCGAUGAUGAAGUAGAAGAGAAGGCGUGGGAGGUCAUGUUCGAGGCAUAUGACGCUCAGAGAGGCAAACGCGUCUCCAGACUCCUCACAGCCUACUUCCCGAACUUCAUGGAUCGCUGGGAGGCCUUGGUGGCACUGAUGCGCACCAAACUUUCCAACAACUAUACGAACAAAAUGCGGGACUUCAACAAGGAUGUCAAGGCUGCGAGCAAGUUCCGGGGCUCCGUGACCACUGUUGACCGAAUCACUUCGAUUUACGACGCGGCAGGAAAUCUCGUCAGUACCUUCGUCCGUCCUGAGAAACGCCCCCUGAGCGACUUUCUAGGUCACCGCUUGGCUGGAAUUGCGAAGCCGAAGCGAGUCAGAACCAGGACCACCACUGGAGAUUCUGCAACAUCUGGACCGACCUCUAGCAACAGUGGUAACUCGGAACAGCACGUCGGGGGCACAGCUGGCAGCUCUAUGACCCCCAUUCAAGAGGAAGAGGAGGAUCUUAUGGCUGCCAUCCAAGAAGAUGGAGAGGGUGUUAUGGCUUUAACUCAAGGAAAAGAGGAGGGUGCUAUGGGCGAGGCCGACAAGGACGACGGAGACAAAGCGCUUGAAGGUCCGAACGAACCCAGCACCCCCCAUCCCGACGCCGUUAAUUCCCAUUUCGACAGUCGGUACCCCACGCCCGUCCACCAUCUUGCACUCGGCGAA